ACUUUGCAUAUGGAGCAAUGUUUCAUCUGGAUUAAAGUUCCUAAGAUUAGGAGUCAUCAUCAUUGUCAUUCAGAAGUCAGAAAUAGGAUUUACGAAACUGGAUGGAGACUGGCAAUGAAGGAAUCUUCUGAAUGUGAAUUUGUCGUAGAAAGAUCUGUUUCGAAAUUCAACGGGAUUCUAUUCCGCUUAAAACAUAAAAAAUCUAAAUUGACAAAGAAGAUAAACUUGCUAUAAAUGAUCCGCUGGAGAAAUGAAGACUUCGUUAAUAAAUCACAUCUUCCUUGCAAUGGUUUUUGUUAUAAGCUUGAAUCGUCAGUCGUGCAUCGCCAAAACCAUUCCCUAUUCACAAGGAAAUGUAGAGAAGCCAGCAACAGUUCAGGUGAAGGUUGUAGAUACAGAUAAACGACAAAGAAGGUAUAUCGACCAGUUUCCUGACCAAUUAGAUGUUGACGUAUCAACAGAUGAAUUGCAUGAACAUUUUCAAAAUCUAAAAAGAAAUCAUCACGUUCCGCAUAUUAAGUAUGUUCACAUGAUGGAAAAUGGAGCAGUUAAAAAGUUCAGAUUUGAAAGAAAAGAGACAAUGGCAUAUUAUAUUGAUGUUGAGCAUGUUGCCGCUUUUGAAGUUUCUUUAGCAUCAGAGGGAUCUGAAGAUUUUGAUAUUUACGGAACGUUCGUAUCCAAACAACAUAAAUAUUUGGUACAACCACCGAGGGAUAACCGAAGUACUUACACAGUAUCGCUAAUGGAAGAAAAGCUGCCAACAUCGAUUGAUUAUAUUAAAUUGUCAGACACAGACGCUAAAAUAACUGAAGGAAAGAUGCAGAAUCGCUCAGAGCAGACAAUAAAUACCAGAGAAAAGCGACAGACGACCGACUACGAGAUGGAAAUUUUCUUCGUGAUUGACUUUGGACUUUACAAAUGGACAUAUGCUUUGACUGAAGGAGAAAACGACAGACACACUGCCACAGUUAAUAAACUGUUACAAUUCACCUCUUUUAUGUUAAACGAGGUGGAUCUACAAUAUCAACUAAUGACAGACUACUCGUAUACAAUUUCCUGUCUUUUUGCUGGAAUUUUCAUAGCUGAUGAUCCAAGCGAUUCGCGGUUUGUUGAAGAUCAUGUCAUCAACGAUGCCGGAGAAGCAGAUGGUGACAAGAUGCUAUAUGAUUUCAGGAAAUGGGGAGAGUCUUCAUUACGUCGUUUUAAUUAUGACCAUGCUGCUUUGCUUACAGGGCGCGAUAUCGGAUAUAUACAAGAUGGUAAAUUUCAUAAAGGACUAUUAGGUGUUGCAUAUGUACCGUCGAUUCCUUCAAACGGUGAACUGGGUUCUCUCGCAGUUUGUGGAGUUUAUGCAUAUUCUAUCAAUGAAAUGACAGCAUUCAAACCGUCGAUGGGAACUACUAUCACACAUGAGAUUGGACAUAACUCUAGAAACUGUAUGACUGCAAGAACAGCGACAGGCAAUGAUGACAUUGACCCUUAUGCAAACGACCUUGCAGGUCAAGUUUACAACCCUGACACCCAAUGUGAGAUGAUGGUAGGAAAAGGAUCGUUUUUGAACAGGAACAAAUACAAGAGUGAUUUUUCAACAAUAUGUAGCGUAUUGUUUUGCGCUAUACAAGGCAGAGACGGUUCAGCAAUUACCAAAAUUCCAUGGUAUGGUACCACAUGUGGAAAUGGCAAGAUGUGUCAAUUAGGGCACUGCGUCGAAUCUCCCCUAGCACCAACAGUCGCUGAUGAAGCGUGUCCAUUUGGAGAUACCCCUGACAUUGUCCCGCACAAAACAUCUGGUUGUUCCGAUGUUCUUGGAUCUCCUGCAACAACUUACAAUUGUUACCAUGAAGCGAUCAGGAAACACUGCUGUGGUACUUGUGAAGCUAUAAAGAAAACUAACAGGGCGUAUGUAGAUUGUGACUAUGGAGAUAAACAGUCAUAUUGUGUAGGAAUGUCAUUACAACAGUGUCGAAAUAACCUUGAAACUUGCUGUAAAACAUGUCAAGAUAUACGAUUAGAUAUUCCAGAUUGUCCUUGGGGUGAUGAAUAUACUGACUGUACUCAGAGUCAUUGCACAAACGAUACUGCGAAAUGUUGCCAAACCUGUACCCCAACUACUACACCCUCCGCUAAAUCUAGCCGAGUGCAAGUUAGCCCCGCGUUAUUGUUCUGUUUGUUUUUAUAUCAAUUUUAUUCAGGCAUUAUGUCGAUAUGUUGAUAUAUUUAUUUUAAUUGUACUGGGGUAAAAAUUAUGCAUUAAGUUAAACUAUCGGUACCUUUUUAAUGCAUUUUUCGCAGAAACUUUCACCGUGCAACAUGCCGAUACUUUACUUUCUUUCAUUUUUUAUUGUUACUUCACUUUCAGUUGUCAUGCAACGUUUAAUACAGAUCUAUCCAAGAAAGGGACAUGGACAUAAUUCGAUUAAAUUUUAAAUCAUUUCACUUAAUCGACGAUAUAAUAUAAUAUUUCUCAUAGAAUUUUAGCAAAUUUUGUCAGUUUUUAGUUAAUUCCAAAAGAAAAGUUUUUAAAAAGAGCACUUUAAUUAAAAAGGUUAAAAAGUAGAAGAGUGAACGUCGUUGUGUGACUAAAAUUGCUUAAAGAUCUAAAGAAAAGUCACAUAAGUAUAAGUACAUCUGUCUUUUUGUACAUCUGUCACAAAUCUUUUCUGGACAACUUUUUGAAAACUACUAAUGGGAUUUCAUUCAAACUUUACAGGAAUAAUUAGUAUCAAAUCUAGUUGUGCAUAUUAUCUGCAUUUUCUAGUUCAGUGAAUUUUGCAAGAGCUAUGGCCCUUUAAUGAUUUUUAGCUCGACUGUUGGAAGAAUAUGCUAUUGCAGUCGCCACGGCAUCCAUGUCCGAGUCUCUGCGUUGGUUAAAGUUUUUUGUAAAGUCAAAUAUCUCGAUUAUUACUUGAGAUAUUCAAUUGAAACUUACAAUACUUAUUUAUAGUAUCACUGUUUCAGUUUGCAAAAUAUCAUAACUCUGCCUGCAAUAUUUGCAGAAUUAUGCCCAUUUGAAACUUACAAAUUUUGGUUAAAGGUCUAUCAUAGAUAAUUUACUUAAAACUUGACACAUGUACUUAGGGUCAUAAUUCAAGGUCACAUCUCAAGAUCCAUUACUCUGCCAUGUAUAUUGACUGAAUUAUGCUUCUUUUUGUACUAAAGCGAUCUCCUUUUCUUGGUUAAGAUUUACAUGCAAGUUUUGCAAAUCUCUGAAACUAUUAAAGAUACAAACUUGAAACUUCAUAUGUAUAUUUCUGGUCAUAAAUGAUUAUCACUGAACAGCACUCAUAUCUGUGUCAUGUAUUUAGGCUGAUGUAUCUCCCCGUUUCUAAUUACAAGGUAAAAGCUGAUAAAAUGAGUUCAUAUUAGAUAGUCUGGACUAUACCUUUGCAAUUCGUUGUAGAAUGUUGAAAAAUAUCUAUACAUUUACAGUUUACACUCUGUCGGUUUUCAAAUUGUAUGUAAUAGAAAUACAAGCAUGUGGGCUAGACAGUCUUGGAAGACAUGUUAAGUUUGUGUACCACCUCCAACUUUUUCUUUUACCAUCUCAAAUUUUUCUCUAAGUCCUUUUAGAUACUGCUGUGAAACUUUGCACACUUGUUCAACAUAACGAAUUCAACCUGUUGGCAGGAGGUGGUAACUAUAUAAAGCAUUUAGUCAAAAUUAUGCCUCUUUUGUUCUUAAAAACAUGUUCAAGUUUGUAUACCACCUCAAAUAUUUUCUUAGUCCUUAGACAUAUUGCUUUGAAACUGCAGACUUGAUCACCAUCAUGACUCCAACCACAAGACAUGAACUGGUAAUUCUGUCGAGCAUUUUGUCAAGCUAAUGGCCCUUUUUCAAGUUAGUCUUGUAUUUUACCAUCAACCACUGAGAAAAGUCGAGCAUGCAUUUGGUGGACUUGUUCAUUAAAUUGGAUCAACGUCUAUACAGUAUAAACAAAGUACUAAAGUUUCCUUUGUGUGCAGAUCCAUCUAUCCAUUUCUUUUUUUUCAAACAAUCUUUUCUGUAAAACAAUAAAUUAAGGCGCCAUAUAAGGAUUUUUCAGUUUUCCUUAUACAGAAAUAGAAGAAUGUUUUUGAAUAAAACUACUUGCCCGAUUUUGACUAAAGUUCUUAGACUUCUCAGAUAUUUCUGAUUUUUCAUUGAAUAAGUUGACCACUGUGUAAAGUCACUGAAAUUUCUAUAUUUAGAUUUGAAAUGGAUGAGUUAUCUACACCUAACAUGUCCCAGUUGUUAGUAAAACUUUUUUCUUUUUAAGUGAUCUCUCAAUAAUUUGUUAAUUGACAGAGUUUCAUGGAAAAAGUUACUGAACUAUGUUUUUACACUUGAAAAAUCAGUGAGACUUGUGUUAUGAAGAAUGAUGUGGUAGUUAUUACAAGUAUUGUUUGCAGUCAUUCUGUACUGAAUAAUAAAACACGGAAAUAAAAUUUGAAAACUU